AUGAGCCGUGUGCGGCGAGUGCUGUGCCGGGCCUGCCUCGCGCUGGCCGCGGUCCUGGCUGUGUUGCUGCUACUACCGCUGCCGCUACCACUACCGCUGCCGCUGCCUCGCGCUCCCGCACCAGACCCAGGUCGUGUCCCGACCGGGAGCCUGACCCUCGAGGUCUCCCGCCUGCAACCGGACGACGUCUUCAUUGCAGUCAAGACCACUCGGAAGAACCACGGCCCGCGCCUGCGGCUGCUGUUGCGUACCUGGAUCUCACGAGCCCCACGGCAGACGUUCAUUUUCACCGAUGGAGACGACCCUGAGCUCCAGCUGCUGGCAGGCAGCCAAAUGAUCAACACCAAUUGUUCCGCUGUGCGAACCCGCCAGGCGCUGUGCUGUAAGAUGUCAGUGGAGUAUGACAAGUUCAUAGAGUCUGGACGGAAAUGGUUCUGCCACGUGGAUGAUGACAACUACGUGAACCCCAAAAGCCUGCUGCACCUGCUUUCCACCUUCUCUUCCAACCAGGACAUCUACCUGGGGCGACCUAGUCUGGACCACCCCAUCGAAGCCACAGAGAGGGUCCAGGGCGGUGGCACCUCAAACACAGUGAAAUUCUGGUUUGCUACUGGUGGGGCUGGGUUCUGCCUGAGCAGGGGCCUUGCCCUCAAAAUGAGCCCGUGGGCCAGCCUAGGCAGUUUCAUGAGCACAGCAGAACGGGUUCGACUGCCUGACGACUGCACGGUGGGAUACAUUGUGGAAGGGCUCCUGGGUGCCCGUCUGCUUCAUAGCCCCCUGUUCCACUCCCACCUGGAGAACUUGCAGAAGCUGCCGUCUGGUGCUGUUCUGCAGCAGCAGGUGGAGGACCCAGGAGGAAGAACUGACCCUCACCCUCCCCGGUUCCCCUCCCAGGUUACCCUGAGCUAUGGGGGUCCUGAGAACCCGCACAACGUGGUGAAUGUAGCUGGAAGUUUCAGCAUUCGACAGGACCCUACACGGUUUCAGUCAGUGCACUGCCUUCUCUACCCAGACACCCACUGGUGUCCUAUGAAGAACAGGGGUAAGGAAGCUUUUCAGUAACUGGUGACCCCCGGUGGCUGCUUUACCUGGCUCCCUCAGGCCUUGGAUUCAGGCAGUCAGCAGAAGCUGCUUGAAGGCCUCCCAUGACCUCGGUCCUGGUUGGACACCAGGUACCUUGGGAAAAUGAGACAACCGGGCUGUGCCUGCUGAGAUCAUCCAGGAAGAGAGAGAAGGGCCAAGCUGCUGAGACAUUGACGCCUCUAGCCAAGCCCAGAGGUCCUUCUCGUGGAUAAGGUCUACUACCCCAGCUACCCCAUGACUGUGGCCCAGGAGGGGACUGGUUCCCAGCCUCCCACAGCUGCAGCCUGUCCUCGACUGCAGAAGAUGGUGCCAACGGGUUGGCCAUUAAGGGGUGGGCUUCAGACCUGGCCACUGGCUCUUGCUGGAGGGCUCAAAGAGCUACCACUAAAGCCAGAAUGCUCAGACUGUGUGGCCGGUGGACACUGAGGACCAGCUUCAAGGCUGUGCUCCCACGCAGGGCUGUUGUUCUUCCAUUACCCCCAUCCUUCCUCUAACCUGGUAUUCAGGAUGCUUCCCCUCUGAGCUUCCCAUCACUAGAGCCUCUCCUUUGGGCUCCUCAGGAGCAAGAUGCAGGCCCAUCAGCUUUUACAGGGGUUCCCCAUGGGGAAGUGGUUACAGUGUUGUUGAGUAAAGGCUUGUCAUUCUUA